GUUGUUGUGAGGCGACUGCGCUACUGCCGGACCGGGGCGGUUAUGGCGGCUCCAUAUUAACACCCUCCUCCUCCUCUGCCGCCGUCUCCUCCUCCUCCUCCUUUCCCUCCCGCCCGCACUCGUAAGCCAUCUCCCCCUUCACCCUGAACGCCUACCUCUUCCCCUCACCUUUCCCCCCUCCCCUCUUCUACCAUGCCCGGCAUGAUGGAGAAAGGGCCGGAGUUACUGGGGAAGAACCGAUCGGCCAACGGCAGCACCAAGAACCCGGCAGGCGGCGGUGGCAGCGGCGCCUCGUCCACCAACGGCGGGCUGCACUUCUCCGAGCCCGAGAGCGGCUGCAGCAGCGACGACGAGCACGAUGUUGGGAUGAGAGUCGGAGCUGAAUACCAAGCCCGGAUCCCUGAAUUCGAUCCAGGUGCUACAAAGUACACAGAUAAAGACAAUGGAGGAAUGCUUGUGUGGUCUCCAUAUCACAGUAUCCCAGAUGCCAAAUUGGAUGAAUAUAUUGCAAUUGCAAAGGAGAAACAUGGCUACAAUGUGGAACAGGCACUUGGCAUGUUGUUCUGGCAUAAACAUAACAUUGAGAAGUCCCUUGCCGAUCUCCCUAAUUUUACUCCCUUUCCGGAUGAGUGGACAGUGGAAGAUAAAGUCCUAUUUGAACAAGCCUUUAGUUUUCACGGGAAGAGCUUUCACAGGAUUCAGCAAAUGCUUCCAGAUAAGACAAUUGCUAGCCUUGUAAAAUAUUACUAUUCCUGGAAAAAAACUCGAUCUAGGACAAGCUUAAUGGAUCGCCAGGCUCGUAAACUAGCCAAUAGACAUAACCAGGGAGACAGUGAUGAUGAUGUAGAAGAAACACACCCAAUGGAUGGAAAUGAUAGUGACUAUGAUCCAAAAAAAGAAGCCAAGAAAGAGGGUAAUACUGAACAACCUGUCCAAACUAGCAAGAUUGGACUUGGAAGGAGAGAGUAUCAGAGUUUGCAACACCGCCAUCAUUCUCAGCGUUCUAAAUGCCGUCCACCUAAAGGCAUGUAUUUAACUCAGGAAGAUGUGGUAGCUGUUUCCUGUAGUCCCAAUGCAGCCAACACCAUCCUGAGGCAACUGGACAUGGAGUUGAUCUCUUUAAAACGUCAGGUUCAGAAUGCUAAGCAAGUAAACAGUGCACUUAAACAGAAAAUGGAAGGUGGAAUCGAAGAAUUCAAACCUCCUGAGUCAAAUCAGAAAAUUAAUGCCCGUUGGACCACAGAGGAGCAGCUUCUAGCAGUGCAAGGUGUCCGAAAAUAUGGUAAAGAUUUUCAAGCUAUUGCAGAUGUAAUUGGCAACAAGACUGUUGGCCAAGUGAAGAACUUCUUUGUAAACUACAGGCGUCGGUUUAACUUAGAGGAGGUAUUGCAGGAGUGGGAAGCAGAACAAGGAACCCAGGCUUCUAAUGGUGAUGCUUCUACUUUAGGGGAGGAGACAAAAAGUGCUUCUAAUGUGCCAUCAGGGAAGAGCACUGAUGAAGAAGAGGAGGCACAGACCCCACAGGCUCCUCGGACUCUGGGUCCAUCACCUCCUGCCCCAUCAUCCACUCCAACACCAACAGCCCCCAUUGCCACUCUGAACCAGCCUCCACCACUUCUUCGUCCAACACUGCCUGCUGCCCCUGCUCUUCACCGGCAGCCUCCUCCACUCCAGCAGCAGGCUCGGUUCAUCCAGCCCCGGCCAACUUUAAAUCAGCCUCCACCACCUCUCAUUCGCCCUGCUAACUCUAUGCCACCCCGCCUAAACCCAAGACCCGUGUUGUCCACGGUUGGUGGUCAGCAGCCACCGUCACUUAUCGGAAUUCAGACAGACUCACAGUCCUCACUGCACUAAAAUUAAAUCGGACAGAGUUGCAGUAACUUCACCCUCCAUUAUUACCAGUGCUCAUCUGACUGAGGCAAGAGAGGAAAGACUAAUCUUCCUACAUACUGAGGCUGCGAACUAGUUCUGUGGCAGUGGGCUAGCAUAAGUGGAUGUCUAAGAAAUUUUUUAGUUCACGCAUCUGAGAUGUUACACGACAAAAAGCCUACAGUUGGCCUCCUUUCUAGAGUAUAUGUUCAGCGACAUGAUCUUAUAAAAGGAAAAAAAAAAAGAUUAAGUAUUCUAUAUACCAAGGGUUUUUUGUUUUGUUUUUACUGUAUUUAUUUUCUUGAGAUUCUUUAUAUUCCUGCCUCUUCAUAGUCAAGGCUCUUAGUACAGGAAUAUUGACUUAGGAAUUGGGAAAACUCCUUAAAUUUCUUAAGUUAAGGAUGUUUGACUUUUUCUUUUUUCUUUAAUUUAAUUUUAACAUUUUCCUAUGUUAGGAGUGCAAGAAUAAAUAACCUGCAUUUCAGAUUUUGACGUAUGUUCAUUUAAUGCAUAUUUAAGAAAUUAUAGCUGCAUAUCCCUUUUUUCAAAAACAAUCUUGCUUUUUUUUCUAAAGGAAUGUUAAUAUAUUCCUUUCAAAGAAAGCAAUUUAAUCAAUUGCAAAGCAAUUGUAUGAAACCACAAAGAAUGUACUGGACCUACUAACUGUUUAACAUACAGUUUAGGGUCCUAGUGCAACGUCCUUGCUUAAAGGUCAUUGACCCAUUAUCUGUCAGUAACUAGAGGAGCGGAAUCAUAAUUUUACUAUGAAUGAGGACUUAAUUUGUUAAAGUGUGAUGUCUUUAAGUUCCUUGAAAAUGGAGUUAAUUUUGAUUUUUCCUUUUUUUUUUUUGUUUCUAAAUGCUAUCUGCUUUUAACUCGUAGUUGCCUACAUUUGGGGACUUUAGAAUUAUAUUUUGUCAGUUACGUGGAGAUAGUGGUUAUGGAAGCAUUUAUUUACAAUGCCCUUUUUGUGUUUAGGUUCUGAACUUAAAAUUGCCCUCAUACUUAUUAAUAUGGUCUGCAUUUGAUAUAAAGGAUGAUUUCUUGAUAAAUCUCUAUUGUAUUAUUUGGGUACAUUUGUGUAUUCCUUGCAGCCGACCUGUAUGGCUGGUUUUGGUUUAGGAUUAAAUCAUCAACAUUAUUUUAUAAAAUAAAUUUAAGAAUUUGUUCUGUGUUAUCUAAAGAUGUAUCAGUAUAUUGUCACGAUUGUGCUGUUAACCUAAAAUGCUGAGACCCCUUUUUAUAAAGAAACAAAAAAAUUUCAAGUCUUCUUAAUUCAACACAUAAUCAUUAGGCACCUACAAAGAAUAUUUUACAAGUGAUAGUAUUUCAAUGAUGUGUUACUAAUAUUUUUGAUAACAAUGAUUUCAUAUUGGAAUCAUGACGUGUGCAAAGGGACAGAUCACUUAGAUUGCUAUACUAGUGGAACUUAAGGCUAAAUGUUUGCACAUUCAUAUUCUCAUCACAUUUAGAACUACUUCAUGAAACGGUCAACAUCUAAGGACCUACCGGUAAUAGAUGUUCUGAGAGGUCUUAUAGUCCCAUAUUAUUGGGAAAAUAGUCCCUACCUUUGGCUGUAAAGCCUUAAAGAGCUAUGGAGUUAAAUCCACUGAUUAGUUUUAAUUUUGUAGUUUAGACUACUAUCCACAAGGACUUUAAAUUCUGGCAUAAUCUAAAACUUUUUCCAGGAUGUGUCUGUCAUUCUCAUUGGAUCAUCUUCAAUAGUUCCUGCCCCUAGAUUGUAACCAGAUAAAAUAUGAUUUAAAAUACUUAAGUAUUCAAGAAUUUAUACUUAUUUUUACUUUAAAAUCAUGGGGGACAGUUAGUUCUAUCUUAAAAAUAUAUAAAGCAUUUUUUAAUGUACUUAGAGUGUCUUGCAUAUGUGCAUACUAUAUGGCUUUUACUGUCUUGUCUCUUGUCAGUAGACCUUCAGUAUACAGUAUGUGGGAUACGUCAGUCAAGUUGGUCGGCACCAGCAUCUGUCCAGCUGUGAAAUAUAUUGUGAUUGAUUUAAAAUCUAUCCCAGCCGUGGGCCAAGGUGCUGUAUCUGAGGGAUGUGCUGUUAUUUGAUUUACAUACACUAGAGCACACAGUAGGAAAAUCUUAGCUUCAUUAGUAAUAUGACACAUGUAUAUAGUGAGAUGUCUUUAUUGUGUGCUUUGCAUAUUUUGUAAAUAUUUUGCACGUCAUUAUUUUUCUUUUUUGUUUAAGCAGUGUUUGGCCUGGAAGAGUGAUAAUGCUUGCUGCUUAAUCAAAGGAUUAAAGAGUUAAAGAUGUCUAUGUCUUCUAUUUUUAUAUAAUUUCAUGUUGUAUGAGGAAUUUAGGACCUCUUCACUGUGAAAUUCUAAAUAUUGGGUUUGUUUUUAUAAAACAGCAAAACCUAGAAAUGUUUUAAUGACCAUUUCAUUAAUUUCAAGGUUAUUAUUUUUGAAAAUGCUACACCCAAGUAUUUUUUUCAUUACGUAACUAACAAUAAAUCACACUGUUGAUAAUACCUGGUAAUAUUAAUGAACAAAUAUUUUUCUGUAGUUUAAUUCCAGUGUAGUAUGGAUAGAGGGAAAGGUCAAAAUCUUAAUCUGACAAGCUAGUAAAAUAUAAUGUAACAUAAAGAUGAAAGAAUGUAAAA